UAUGAUGAAGAAAUUACAGGCAAAAGCAAACAGUAGUAAAGGGGAAACUUUUCAAAGAAUGAAGUUUGGAAGAGCUGAAAGCCUUGAAAGUAAAGAUUUUCGCCUCAGGAAGAUCCAGGAAAUUAUGCAUGACUUUGAUUGUAUGUGGACAGAUGAUGAAAGAAAUGACAAAGGAAUCUCUACAUCCCAUAAUAAAACCCUCAUUGAUGGAAGAGAUCAUCAUAGUAGAAGUGAUGCAGGAAAUAGACCUUUUGAAAGGCACAGAUCAAGCUUUCAGGAUGAAUUGCAGAUGGUACAAUCUGAAGGGAUAAUUUUUGAAUGUAGUCAAGUUGUGACAGACGUCAGCGCCUCAGAUUUACCACCUCAGAGAACAUGUAAUGUCUGCAAAGGCUUUUCUCAUAAAAAUGAGAAUGCUGUUAUGCAUCCUUGAGAACUGUUACCAGACCAUGAAACAAAAAACAAAAGACCUUACAAAUGUAAUGAAUGUGACAUAACCUUUCUUCAGGACUCAGAAAUCACUGGACAUCAAAGAAUCCAUACAGGAGGAAAACCAUAUAAAUGCGACAUGUGUGGCAAGGCUUUUAAUCAAACUACAAAACUUGCAGUUCAUUGGAGAAUUCAUAUUGGAAAGAAACCAUGUAAAUGUGAUGUAUGUGACAAGGCUUUUAUUCAAAUUGGAAACCUUGCAGUUCAUCGUAAUAUUCACACUGGAGAGAAACCAUAUAAAUGUGAUGUGUGUGGUCACUGCUUUAAACAAAGUACACACCUUGAAAAUCAUCGGAGAACUCAUACCAGAGUGAAACCAUAUAAAUGUGAUGUUUCUGGAAAGGCCCUUAGUCUAAAUGCAAGCCAUGCAGUUCAUCAGAGACUUCAUACUGGAAAGAAACCAUAUAUAUGUGAUGUAUGUGGCAAGACUUUCAUUCAAACUUCAAACCUUGCAAUUCAUGAGAAAAUUCAUACUGGAGAGAAACCAUAUAAAUGUGAUGUAUGUGGCAAGGCCUUUAAUCAAGCUGCAAAAUUUGUAAUUUAUUGGAGAGUUCAUACUGGAGAGAAACCAUAUAAAUGUGAUGUAUGUGGCCAAUGCUUUACUCAAAACUCACAACUUGAAGUUCAUCAGCAAACUCACACGGGAGAGAAGCCAUAUAAAUGUGAUGUAUGUGGCAAAGGCUUUAGUGAAACUUCAAGCCUUGCAGUUCAUUGGAAAAUUCAUACUGGAGAGAAACGAUAUAAAUGUGAUGUGUGUGGCAAGGCGUUUAGUCAUACUGGCAACGAUGCUGUUCAUUGUAGAGUUCCUACUGGAGAGAAACCACAUAAAUGUGAUGUAUGUGGCAAGGCCUUUAGUACAACUAGAAGCCUUACAGUUCAUCAGAGAAUUCAUACUGGAGAGAAACCAUAUAAAUGUGAUAUAUGUGGCAAUGCUUUUAGUAAAACUGCAAGCCUUGCAGUUCAUCAGAGAAUUCAUACUGGAGAGAAGCCAUGUAAUUGUGGUAUAUGUGGCAAGGCUUUCAGUGUAAGUUCAAGCCUUGCUGUUCAUUAGAGAGUUCAUACUGCAGAGAAGCAAUAUAAAUGUGAUUUAUGUGGCAAGGGCUUUAAUGAAGCUGCAAAGCUUGCAGUUCAUUGGAGAUUCCAUAUGGGAGAGAAUCCAUAUAAAUGUGAUGUAUGUAGCAGAGCCUUUAGUCAAACUGCAAACCUUGCAGUUCAUUGGAGAAUUCAUACUAGAGAGAAAUCAUAUAAAUGUUAUGUAUGUGGCAAAGGCUUUAGUGAAACUUCAAGCCUUGCAGUUCAUCGGAGAAUUCAUACUGGAGAGAAACUAUAUAAAUGUGAUGUAUGUGGCAGGGCCUUUAAUCAGACUGCAAAACUUGGACUUCAUCAGAGAAUUCAUACUGGAGAGAAACCUUAUAAAUGUGAUGUGUGUGGCAAAGCGUUUAAUCGUACUGGAAACCUUGCUGUUCAUCGGAGAGUUCAUACCAGAGAGAAACCAUAUAAAUGUGAUAUAUGUGGCAAGGCGUUUGUUUGUACUGGAAACCUUGCUGUUCAUCAGAGAGUUCAUACUGGAGAGAAACCAUAUAAUUGUGGUAUAUGUGGCAAGGCUUUCAGUGUAAGGUCAAGCCUUGCUCUUCAUCAGAGAAUUCAUACUGGAGAGAACCUUACAAAUAUAAAAAUUGUGACAAACCAUUUAGGCACAGUCAUCCAUAACUCAUCAUCAGGCAGUUCAGACAGGAGAGAAACCAUAUAAAUAUGAUGUAUAUGGCUGGUGCUUUACUUGAAAUGAUGAACUUAGAAACCAUUGGAGAAUUCAUACUAGAGAGAAACAUUAGAAAUGUGACAGUUGAAACAUUUUAGUGCAAAUGUCGUGAGUGUGACAAAGCCUUUAGUCAGUGUUCAGGCCUUAUAAUUCAGAGAAUUCAUACUGUAUAGAAAACAUACAAGUGAAAUGAAUCUGUCAGAGUUUCUAGUGCAUAUUCAGCAUUAACUGCCCAGUAGGGAGUUCAUACAGAAGAGAAAUUAUGUGGCUAACCCUGCCGUUGCAGAUCAUCGGCUUAAGUAUUAUAUAUUAUGAUGUAAACAAGUUUUGUUUUUUUUUAAUCAUAUAAGUAUUUGAAGUUUUGUCAUCAUAAGCAUGGAACAGAAACUUUUAUAAAGAAGAAUGCAUUUCUCAUUAAAAGUUUUUUUCUGUCA